AGAGAAGUUCCUAUGAAACCCACAAGUGGCGGUUUCAGCUGUUUACUGCAUGCUGGCCUGCAGUCAGUUAUUCCAGGUAUUAUCUUUGUUUGCAGAAAAGAAAACUAAGUAGAAGAUCAUGACGAGCUCCAACUGGGGAUAUGAUGACAAAAGCGGUCCUGAACAAUGGAGCAAAAUGUAUCCCAUCGCAAAUGGAAAAAACCAGUCUCCCAUUGAUAUUAAAACCAGUGAAACAAAACAUGACACCUCUCUUAAACCUAUCAGUAUCUCCUACGAUCCAGCCACAGCCAAAGAAAUUAUCAACGUGGGGCAUUCUUUCCACGUAAACUACGAGGACACUGAUAACCGAUCAGUGCUGAAAGGUGGUCCUCUUUCUGAAAGCUAUAGGCUCUAUCAGUUCCAUUUUCACUGGGGUAGCACAAAUGACUAUGGUUCUGAACACACAGUGGAUGGAGUCAAAUAUUCUGGUGAGUUUCACCUAGUUCACUGGAAUUCUGCAAAGUACUCCAGCUUUGCUGAAGCUAUCUCACAGGCCGAUGGUUUGGCAAUUAUCGGUGUUUUGAUGAAGGUUGAUCAGGCCAACCCAAGACUGCAGAAGGUACUUGAUGCCCUAAACGCAGUUAAAACCAAGAACAAACGAGCCCCAUUCACAAAUUUUGACCCCUCUACUCUCCUUCCUUCAUCCCUGGAUUACUGGACCUACUCUGGCUCUCUAACUCAUCCUCCCCUUCAUGAGAGUGUAACCUGGAUCAUCUGUAAGGAAAAAAUUGGUAUCAGCCCAGAACAGCUGGCACAGUUCCGAAGCCUUCUAUCGACUGUUGAAGGUGACAAGGCUGUCCCCAUGCAGCGCAACAACCGACCACCCCAGCCUCUGAAUGACAGAAUAGUGAGAGCUUCAUUCUGAUGGGACCAGGAAGGAACGUCUUCUUUCUCAAGGAACACUGCCCUGCUUCUGACAUAAUCCAGUAAAACAAUUCCUAAGAAACACAUUUAUUUCGAUACUAGCAAGGCAACAUAGCUGCAAAUUCAAUCUCUAGAAUGAAGUUUUAUUUUUAUUCUUAAUGCUUAACUCAAAUAAUCUAUUAGCUUGUUAAACUUGUGCUUAAAUUCAAGUUUAUUUUGUGGAAUUCUUUAUAAUUUGCAAUUAAAGUAUACUGAAAAAUUUCUUAGUGAUUUGU